ACGUAUACUGAAUUGCGGUCUUCAACCUAGAUAGGAUCUCAGUAUCGAUUGUUCUUUCGAUAUAAUAUGAAAGGAAAAAGCUAAACCAUUGUCCAUUUCAUAUAAUAUGUAGGAAAAAACCAAGAUAAACGAUAAAUGUUUUGUGUUCAUUUGAGUCGUCGUAGCUCGAGAAUUCAAUAUUUGUUAGUCGUUUAUCCUGCUACUAAUCUGGAUGACAGAGUCCCCUCAAUUGGGUCUCUUGAAUAGUCUUGUGGAGCGAAUAGGGGUGAGCAGUGUUCAGAAUAAGAACACGAGUAGCUACGGCAAGCAGUUUCUCCUCGACGGUUUGAACGAGACUUGUUGGAAUUCAGAUGCCGGGGACAGACAGUGGGUUAGUUUGUCUUUUUCGCAGCCGGUUCUAAUAUCGAAAUUAGAAAUACGAUUCCAAGGAGGGUUCAGCGGGAAAGACAACUCGACUUUUGUCAUUUUGAAUGAAGAGCUGAAGCUACCUAUUCAUCCUGUUGACGCGAACACGAUUCAGUCGUUUGAGUUACCUGAAGUUGAAAUUGCAACCGAGAAAGUGAAGAUAGUUUUUUCAGGCAGUACUGAUUUUUACGGGAGAAUUGUUAUUUAUAACCUUAAUUUAUAUGGCAAAACCAAAUAAAUAUUUCACAAUUUUUA